AUGCCUUCGGGUAAAAGAGUUAAGGAGCCUGCUGGGGAGGAAGAAGAGGAAGAAGAAGAGGAAGAAGAGGAGGAAGAAAGUAAGAAAGAAUUUGACGAGGAGCUGGAGGGUGACCCAGCUGUUGAGGAGGCACGUACUUCCGCCCGGGCUGCUGGUAUCGCUGAGGAUGAGAUUGACACAUAUGUGGCCAUGCAGCAGUCCCUUGAGGCAAGCAGGAAAUCCAGGAGGGCCUCCCGACCCCCGAGGGCGGGUGAGGCCAGUUCAUCCACCGCCCCUCCAGUAGACACACGAUUGCCCCCGUCUGUAGGGCCUGAGAUAUUGACACCCAGGCCAGAGGGUGAUACUGCACCACCUCCAUUGAUAGUACCUCCGUUGGAAGUCCUCCCUGCUGAUCAGACACCAUCGGACGUGGAUUGUCAUAGUCUCAAAUUCAAAGAAACUUCUUCCGUUAAUCUUUUUCUCACUCCUCCUAUAUGCAGCCAUGCAGCAAUGCCUGUUAAAAAAGAUAAUUAUAUUGAAGUAAAGGCACAAGAACACAACAAGAGGCAGCUAAAGGUACUCUUCUCUUUCAGGAUAGAAGAUCUAACAGAAGGAAGGAGAUGA